AUGCCUGAAGGUCCUGAUGGACUUUUGGACGCUAGGACUUUGAUGAGUAAUACUCUCAAGGAGGCUCAGAAUGACAAACUAACACCCGCUCAAUUAUUUAUAGCCUACAAACUUGCUGAAUUUCCUCCUACAUUCCAUAGGAUUUUCGAGGUUCGCCAUAUUAACCAAAAUGUCUACAAACCUAAUCUGAAAGGGCCCUUGCACAAUACUACUUACGAUAUGUGGAUUAAAGCAGUGCUCAACAUAGGAGGCUCGCAUACUCACACCAUUGCAAGACUAUGGAGUCGAGCUGGUGAACUGACGAUGACAGCUGUACAAGAGGGUGUUGCUCGAGCCCCGCUAAAGAAAUGA